AUGUCCCCGGCGCAGGACCACUGCAACGCCAGGAGGAGUCACAGCAUCCGGACGCUUGCCGAAGACCCCGAAGACCCGGCAGACCCGGCGGGUACGAAUACGCCAGAACAAGCCAGCAACGCAACAGGCCACGACCUCGAAAUCUGCCGCAUGCGUCUCACCAACUCAGAAACGACCGACGCACCGCCGCGGAAAAUGCUGCUUGCGGAAUGCCACUCAAGGCUGAGCAUGUCACUGUAA